UGUAUGUUGACGUGUGGCUCGGCAGUUCAGAGCUCCUGUCACGUUAGCUAAAUUGCUCUUCACUUUCUUGUUUGUGGAUGGUUUAUAAAAGCACUGACUACGUAGCUUUUUUUGCAUUUUGCAAUUUCGUAAGUUUUCAGUAAUGGCGGCAGACUGGGAGGAAAUUCGGCGUCUUGCUGCGGACUUCCAGAGAGCACAGUUUGCAGAUACAGUGCAAAGACUGUCUGAGAGGAACUGCAUUGAAAUUAUUACCAAACUAGUCCAAGACAAGAAGCUGGAUGUGGUGCACACGCUGGAUGGGAAGGAGUACAUCACCCCAGCACAGAUCAGCAGAGAGAUUCGAGAUGAGCUUUACGUUCAUGGAGGGCGAGUGAACAUUGUGGACCUCCAGCAGAUCCUUAAUGUGGACUGGGUCCAUGUUGAAAGUAGAGCCAGUGACAUUGCAAAAUCUGAUAAAGGAGUUCAGCUGAUCCUGGGACAGCUUAUUGAUGACACUUACCUGGACCGUUUAGCAGAGGAGGUGAAUGACAAGUUGCAGGAGGCUGGUCUGAUCAGUAUCGCAGAGCUGUGUAAAAGCUAUGACCUGCCCGGGGAUUUCCUUACUGAGGAGUUAUCGAAGCGCCUGGGGAGGCUCAUCCAGGGAGAAAUGGACCAGUACAACAGGGGCAUCAUCUUCACUCCAGCUUUUGUUGCUCGCCACAAAGCCAGAAUACGAGGCCUCUUCAGUGCUGUUACACGACCAACAGCCGUUAGCAGCAUGAUCGGAACAUAUGGGUUUCAGGAACAUCUUCUGUACUCUGUCCUGGAGGAGUUGGUGAAUACUGGGCGUCUGAAGGGAACAGUUGUGGGAGGGCGGCAGGACAAAGCCGUGUACAUCCCUGAUAUUUACUCCAAAACACAGAAUGCAUGGGUGGACUCUUUUCUGCAACAGAAUGGAUAUUUAGAGUUCGAUGCUUUGGUCAGACUGGGCAUCCCGGACCCCAGCAGCUACAUUAAGAAACGCUACAAGUCCAACAAGCUGCUUUUCCUUAGAGCGGCCUGUGUGGGUCAGGCUCUGGUGGACCAGGUGGAGGCCUCUGUGGAGGAGGCAGUGACCUCAGCCACGUGGACAGACAUCCAGCCAAUUCUACCGAGCAGCCUGACCACGGAGGACGUCGGGAUGUUGAUAAACCACACCAUGAGGAGCGCCAACGUCCAGUCGUCUGCUCGGGUGCUGGGGGGCACCGUGGUCAUCAGCGAGAAGUUCAUCAGCAGCUGCCUGACUUUGUUUGACGACGCCAUGCAGCAGAAAGCUCAGAAGGAAGUGAAGAACAACCCGGUGUUUCUGAUCACAGAGGAGGAUCUGAAGCAGGCGUCCAUGCUGACUGAAAGCUCUGCACCUUCCAAAAAGGAAAGGAGGGAGGCAGAACGCAAGAAGAAGGCCACAGAGGGCAGUGGGAGUGUGAAAGCAGGCGGAGGAGGAAACGCCAGAGAGAUCCGCAUCCGCAAAACCAAAAAGAAAGGCCGGAAAGAUGAGGACAGCGAUGAGGAAACCGGAUCUUCUCAGCAGAAUCGGAGCAAACAGGCUGAAGCCCCGUUUAUGACACAAGAGGAGAUCACAGCUGUUUUAGAGCAGAGGGUGACAGACUGUCCCGAAGAAAUCCUGUCGGAGUUAGCAGAGCAUUUAGUCCGGCCUCUGACUAAGAGCUAUCAGGAUGUCCUGCGUACGGUCUUCAUGUCCUCCAGCAGUUCUCCAUCAGGGGCCAACAAGAAGAAGAGCAUGAAGGACCUGCAGGAGGAGAUCACCAACCUGUACAACAACAUCAGGCUGUUUGAGAAAAGCACCAAGAUGUUCUCAGAUGAGACCCAGGUCCACAUCUCCAAGCACAUCCUGAAGACGGUGUGCACAGACGUCACCAACAUCCUGGUGAACUUCCUGGCUUCAGACCUGAUGAUGUCUGUGGAGAAUCCCAGCUCCAUCACCACCGAGGUCAGGCUGAAGAUUUUGGGCAAACUCCCAGAGGACAUGAAAGGACCCCUGAUGAAGCUGCACAACUCACUGAACGGAAAAACUGUUGAGGACUUCCUCCUGAACAUAGAGGCGUCUGCAGAGGUCUGUGGAUUCAUGCUGAAGAAGGGAGACAAGAGGAAGGAAAGACAGGCCCUGUUUGUCCACCGCCAGGCUCUAACUGAGCAGCUGAAGGACACGGAGGACCCCGCCCUGGUCCUCCACCUGACCAGUGUCCUGCUGUUCCAGUCCAACACCAACCUCAUGCUGCACGCCCCGGGGCGCUGCGUCCCCCAGAUCAUCUGCACCCUGACGGGACGCAUCCCCACGGAACAUCAGCAGCUGUUGUCGGCCUAUCAGGGCCUGGUGGUGAAGCAGCUGGUGAACCAGAGCCAGGGCCGUAAACAGGAGGAGGCCGAGGGGGAGCGAGAGGCUGAUGACGAGCAGGACAACGAGGCCAAGGCCAUUCGGACUCAGAUCAUGACUCUGACGCCACAGGUGAAGGACCUGAUUCUGUCCCAGAAGAAGACUGAGGAGUAACACGUUUAAAGAAUGCAAACAUAUUUCAGACCUUUUAUGGUCCAGUAGAUCCUUUAAGUGCUGCCUCAUCAGCUGUUCAUACUGUAUUUUUGUGAUUUACCUGAGUGAACACAGUUCUAAAUUAUUGAAUCCAAAUCCCUGUGUGGGAUGUCUCCCUGUUAACCCCAAUAAUUCCUCAAUGAGGGUCUGAUGUCAAAGCAUUCAAUAAAAGUUUACCUCUUCUUAUC